AUGGAUUCAAAUAAUAAUCCAUAUGGUCAACCUCCCAGUUACUUUAGCCUUAGAAACUUCCCUUAUGAUAGCUUUUCUGCCAAUCUAAACUUUGGGUCUCCAGAAGGCAGCCAAAACCCGGGUUAUAACCAGCAACAUACUCAACGUGCAACCUCACAAAGGAGUCAAAUCCAUGGUAUUAGCCACCUAGAGAGUCAUGGAGCACCAUCUCCAGCCAAACAUAACCCUUCUUUUAGCCAGCCUCAGACUCAACCUCCAAGUCAAUCUCAAGGCACACCAAUUUGCACUAGGGAGAGAAGGCAAUGGACAAGCAUAGAUGAUCUUGUGUUGAUAAGCGGGUGGUUGAACACAUCCAAGGAUGUGAUAGUGGGAAACGACCAAAGGUCAGGUACCUUCUGGAAGCGGAUUUCAGAGUACUAUGGUGGUAGUGAUCAUGUGCUGAAUGGAGGAGAACCACGGUUGCCUGACCAUUGCAAGCAAAGGUGGGGAAGAAUAAGUAAAGAAGUGAGCCAUUUUUGUGGUGCUUUUGCUUCUGCAGAGGCUGAAAAAGCAUCUGGAAUGAAUGAUGUUGACAUUCUUAAGAAUGCACAUCAAAUUUACAAGACUCUUCACCUGAAGAAGUUCACACUUGAGCAUUGUUGGGUUGAGCUGAAGAAUGAACAUAAGUGGUAUAGUUUAGGGUUAAUGAAUCCCACAAGCAACACUUCAAGCAAGAAGAGAAAGACUGAGGAUGCUGCCCCAUCUUCAGGGGGAUCUGUUGGAACUGUGCAUGAGAGCAGGCCACCUGGGGUGAAAGCUAUGAAAGGGAGGAGGUUCAAAGGAAAAGAGAAGGUAUCACUUUCUCGAGACUAUCCAGACAUGUGGGAGAAUAAACAGCAAGACAAUGAGGCAAAGAAAGUACUCCAGAAGAUGAGCAUUCUAGACACCCUCAUUGCCAAGAGGAUUCCACUUGAUGAAGAUCAAGUCAAACUUCAGAAGAAGCUCAUGGCAGAAUUAUUCUAA